GCAACAAUUUUGUGCUCGCUAUGCCUUAACAUAUUCGUCACAGCCCUCAUAGCAGGUCGUCUCCUUCUCUAUAGACGCCGUUUCAAGGCCAACUGGGGAUUGCCUGACAAGAAACACUAUACAUCCAUGGGCGCCAUCGUCAUUGAGUCGUACCUUCCCCUAACCCUCUUUACCGUCAUAUUCCUUGUUCCGUACCUGCUCGACAACCCAGUC